AUGUCUGAAAUCAGGGUGGUCUUGCGCAGGCGUUCUGUGGCCAAGCGUUGGCUGAGAAGCUGGGUCUUCACGCCUCUGGGCAGCGUGAAGAUCAAGCUGAUCAACAAGAUCGAGCGGAAGCGGUAUCGUAGUGUCCCUGAUACUGAACUGAAGCGGAUGGUACUGGAUGCGCUCAUUGAUCGCUAUCCAACUCGGCACUUUCGAGACCACAGUCGUGUUGGUACGUUGAGCUCUGGUAGAACCUCCAUGAUCAAUGAUGAAUAUAACCUCUCUGUACUGGAAUUAGGGCUUAUGUCCCGGGAAAGGAAAGCCCGUUUCCCAGACCGGUCGUUUAGAUGGGAAAAGGGAACCUGCCACAGAGCUAAACAAGUCAAGGCAGUCACGCUUGCUGUGGCAACUGUGCAGCCACAUCAACGUGACCGCCGUAGCAGCUGGAGGGGCGAGUUGAACGAGCCUUCCAAGUUGAGAGUUUUGAACCCGGACUUGCCGCCUUCAAGCAGCGAAGAGGUCGAACACUCAUCUCUCAGCUCCACGUCAGAGACUGAAAGCUUUCCAGUCGAGCUUCCUGUAAUUGUUUUGACAACACCGGAUUCACCACAGCAACACUUCAGCAACGACAGCCAGUUUGAGCAGCCAGAAACCAUCUCAUCUUCUGGAGUUGAUCUAUCCAGUCGUCCAGUCAUUGCAGAACUUGAUGCUGCCCCUCGUCUACCCGAUUUGGACUUUAUUGAUCGUCCUACCAUGCCUUUAUGCUGUUCCAUUACCCAGGCUCUCCGAUACUCCAAGUCGUCCAUUCACUUUGAGCAAGGAGUUUGCUCUUGUUCAACAUCUGUACAGCUAGAUACUUCUGAUCUCUGUCAGCUCUUAUCUACCUUCACCAACAAUCACGAACUGCCUGAUUCUGUCACUGAAGACAGCUCUCGAAAGCACACAACGCGAGAUGAAUCAUGGCCUCAGCCGCUGAAAAUCAGCAAAAGUCAGGACUGCCUUCGUGAUAAACUCCGAAAUGGCCCUCUGCCACCUCUCCCUGUGAGCGUCGACCAACACCACGAUGCAGAUGCGACAUCGCCAACCGUACGGCCAUACAGCCUCCGCUACAAAGUCAAACAUGGCUCACUGCCUCCUCUCCCACGCCCUGAUUCCCACUUCACCGAACUGUCCCAUCUCAUGUCAAGCCCCUCCUGUUAUUCUGAAGUAGGCACUGUACAUGAGUCUGGCACACCGAGCGACCUACCAUCACGAGAGCGGACAUCGAGCGGCCUCGCCUCCUCGCUCAGCCUAAGCUGGGAAAACUCUCAAUCCGAAAACAAUGUACAAUCAACGUCUUCCUCACUCUCUCAUCAACUGUCCACGGAAGAUGACACCCAGCACGACCAUGCUAUCGAGGACCUGCCAGCCUCUCUUAGAGCUGGACCGCAAUGGUCUCAGUGGCAGCAAGACACAGUGUCUGAGCUACCUAACUUGGUAUCGAGUCCGUUUGUCGACCACCCGCCUACACCCGUGGGAGACUCGCUGUGGUCCGCUGGGUCUCUAGAGAACCUGCUUGCCACCUCAAUUGGCGGCUACGAUGCUCCCAUUGAACCCCUGGUAGAUGUAGUGUUGUGCUUUGGUGCUGGUGCCGCGGCUAAGACCCGCCGCCGCAGAGAAUAUGAAUAUUGA